GGCCCUGCGCAGGGCGCGAUGAGCGGCGCCUGCACAAGCUACGUGAGCACCGAGCAGGAGGUGGUGGGCGGCUUCAGCUGCCCGCGGCCGGGGGGAGAGGCGGCCGCUGUCUUCUGCUGUGGCUUCCGCGACCACAAGUACUGCUGCGACGAUCCGCACAGCUUCUUCCCAUAUGAGCACAGCUACAUGUGGUGGCUCAGUAUUGGUGCUCUUGUGGGCUUGUCCAUAGCAGCGGUGGUCCUCCUGGCCUUCAUUGUCACUGCCUGUGUGCUUUGUUACCUGUUCAUCAGCUCAAAGCCCCACACAAAGUUGGAUCCUGGUUUAAGCUUACAGACUGCAGACCAUGAGGAGGCGCCCCCUGACGACCAAAGUGGGAACAUGGGCAAUUUGGUGGAGGUGUCAGGAGCGAGAUCUCUCCAGCAGAGUCACCCCUUCCUGAACCCACGACUGUUCUGCCAAGAGGAGCCGGAUGUGGACCCCAAACCCUUCCUCCAGCAUUGCUUCAUGGCCACAGUAACCGCUAGUGAUAUUCCGGGCAGCCCUGAGGAGACUCCUGUCCCCAAUCUAGACCCACGUGGACUGGCCCCAUAAACUUCCAAUAAAUAUCACUAU